AUUCAUUCCCUGAUACGAUUGUUAUAAAUUUGUUUACACUCUGAUAAUUCAUGAUCCUUAUUACAGUCGUUAGUAGCUACAGAUACGUUUACUAUGUAUAAAGUAUUUAUUUUUUGUUUAAGUGUAAAAUGUGUUCUAAGCGCCAACAUUUUAUACGUGUCACCUAUACCUUCCCCCAGUCACCACAUUUGGAAUCGAGCUUUAGCACUUGGACUAGUCAACAAAGGCCACAGUGUCACUUUAAUAGGACCUGACAAAGAAAAAGUACACCCGAAAAAUUAUUCCCACAUUUACAUGGAAGGUAUUUACGAAGAGCUAGACGACAGUUUUGACAUAAAUGAAAUGGGCACCUACAGCCCAGCACAGAUGAUGUUGGAGUUCGAAAGCUGGAGUCUGUUUUCUUGUGAAAAAGCUCUAAAGACUCAAGGAUUACAAAAGUUGCUGAGUUAUCCCGCAGAUUCUUUCGACCUUAUUAUAUUCGAUGUUACGACUGGUUCUUGCUUCUACCCCUUAAUCCAGAAAUUCAACUACCCUCCAAGUAUUGCGGUCACUGCGUUUUUGCUACCAACAUACGUUGCGCAUAAUUUUGGCAAUCAAUUAUUUCCCUCAUAUAUUCCUUGGUAUGGGCUCCAGUACACAUCAGAAAUGAGUUUUGUGGAAAGAGUUUGGAACUUUAUAUUCACUUAUGCCGACGUGGUUAGGAGAAAAAUAAGUUUGUAUCAAAAGGAACACAGUAUGGCCAAAGAAAUUUUUGACGAAAAUAUCCCGUCGAUGGAAGAACUUGAACGGCACAUAUCUUUAGUUUUGGCUAACACGGAUCCGAUUCUGGAUUUUCCUCAACCAGUCCCACCAAACAUUAUCCCGGUUGGAGGCCUCCAUACAAGGAAGAGUAAAGAUUUACCUCAAGACAUUCAAACAGUAUUAGACAAUGCCAAGCAUGGAAUUAUAGUCUUUUCAUUAGGUUCAAAUCUACGUUCAGAUAAAUUAAAUAAACAAACUCAAAAGGCAUUGCUGGAAGCUUUUAGUAAAAUUCAAGAGACUGUGAUUUGGAAAUUUGAAAGUGAUAUAGAAAAUUUACCUAAAAAUGUCAUCGUUAGGAAGUGGUUGCCGCAGAAUGAUAUUCUAGGACACCCCAACGUGAAAUUAUUUAUUGGACAUGGUGGUGCUUUAAGCACACAAGAGGCAUUAUACCACGGUGUCCCCAUGAUUUGUGUUCCUUUCAUUGUUGACCAACAUAUUAACACGCGGAUAAUUGUUAACAAAAACCUGGGAAUUCAUCUCGAUUUUAAGAAAAUAACCGCUGGUUAUGUACUUCAACUGCUUAGAGAAGUUUUGGAUAACCCCAAGUACACGGAAAACAUGAAAAAGAUUUCAAACAUUUUCAGAGACCGGCUAGAGACUCCUUUAGAAAGAGGCGUAUUUUGGGUGGAAUAUGUUUUACGGCAUGGUGGAGCGCAAUUCUUGACAACCCCAGCCAGAGAUUUCUCGUAUUUCAAAGCAUCCAGUCUGGAUGUUAUUGCAUUCCUUUUUGCAAUUGCCACGGUUAUAGUAAUUAUUGUUUGUAAAAUGUUUGCGUUAAUAAUGAAAGCAUGUAGUAGCAAGAAAAAAAUUAAAGUAAAUUAAGUUAAGUAAAAAUUUGAAUAUUGUACAACAUAAAUUUAUUGUAGAAAAAAGAAUAAAAUAUAUUGGACAAUA